UUCUCUGUGGAGGAAUACUAUCCUAUUAUGAUUCUCCUGAAGAUGCCUGGAAAGGUUGCAAAGGGAGCAUCCAAAUGGCAGUCUGUGAAAUUCAAGUUCAUUCUGUAGAUAAUACCCGCAUGGACCUAAUAAUUCCUGGGGAACAGUAUUUCUACUUGAAGGCCAGAAGUGUGGCUGAGAGACAGCGGUGGCUGGUAGCCCUGGGGUCAGCCAAAGCUUGCCUGACAGACAGUAGGACCCAGAAGGAGAAAGAAUUUGCUGAAAACACUGAAAACUUGAAAACCAAAAUGUCAGAACUAAGACUCUACUGUGACCUCCUUGUUCAGCAAGUAGAUAAAACAAAAGAAGUGACCACAACUGGAGUGUCUAAUUCUGAGGAGGGAAUUGAUGUGGGUACUCUGCUGAAAUCAACUUGCAAUACUUUUCUAAAGACCUUGGAAGAAUGCAUGCAGAUUGCCAAUGCAACCUUCACCUCUGAGCUGCUUUAUCGCACUCCCCCAGGAUCACCGCAACUGGCCAUGCUCAAGUCAACCAAGAUGAAACAUCCUGUUGUACCAAUUCACAAUUCACUGGAAAGGCAAAUGGAGUUGAACAGUUGUGAAAAUGGAUCUUUAAAUAUGGAAAUAAAUGGUGAUGAAGAAAUCCUAAUGAAGAACAAGAGCUCUUUAUAUUUGAAAUAUGCAGAGAUAGACUGUAGCAUAUCAAGUGAAGAAAAUACAGAGGAAAAUGUAACAGUUCAAGGUGAAAUAAUGAAGGAAAGUAGAGAAGAAAACUUGGGAAAUUAUGACAACAACUUGGCACAGCCUAGAUCAGACUCUUCAAGUUGCUCUCCAGAAAGCCUCUGCGAAGAAGGAAAAGAAGUCAUUCCAACUUUCUUCAGUACUAUGAAUACUAGUUUCAGUGACAUUGAACUUCUGGAAGACAAUGGCAUUCCCACAGAAGCUUUCUUGGCAUCAUGUUAUGCUGUGGUUCCAGUAUUAGAUAAACUUGGCCCUACAGUGUUUGCUCCUGUUAAAAUGGAUCUUGUUGGAAAUAUUAAGAAAGUAAAUCAGAAGUAUAUAACCAACAAGGAAGAGUUUACUACCCUCCAGAAAAUAGUGCUGCACGAAGUGGAGGCGGAUGUAGCUCAGGUUAGGAACUCAGCUACUGAAGCCCUCUUGUGGCUGAAGAGAGGUCUCAAAUUUUUAAAGGGAUUUUUGACAGAAGUGAAAAAUGGUGAAAAGGAUAUCCAGACAGCCCUGAAUAAUGCAUACGGAAAAACAUUACGGCAGCACCAUGGCUGGGUAGUUCGAGGGGUUUUUGCGACAAAGAAUCCUGAGACACAAAGCGGGGAGAUAAUAUACCCACAGUUACAGAGUAAGAACAUUUUGAAGGUUUUGGGUAUUAUUGCAAAUAAUUUUUAGAUUGCUGAUUUUUUAGAAAAUAGAUAAUGUUCAUCAUUUGAUAAGAGCCUUAUAAGUAGAAAGCUAAGUUUGUAGCUCGACUGGCCCCUUAUCCCAUCUCCCAUUCCCCAAGUCAUCACUGCUUUGGAAGAUUUAUUGAGAUUUUUGACAUGCUAAUUAGCAUAGCCAAAUUCAUUUUAGCUGAUCUUAGUUUCUCAAGAAACAACUUUUCCAUCCAAGGGAUUUGAAUCGUCAGCCAAAUAGAUUUUUAUCUUAAGACAGUUGUCUCCGGAACCCAUGUAGCAUCUGUCUCCAGCUCCAUUGCAAACCAGUUAUUAGAUCUUUUUGUUUUUUUCUUCAGCCAGACCAAACAGUUGAAUUCUAGUAUUUCUAGAGUACUGGUUUGGGUAUUGAUAGAACUAGGUUAAUAAUCAUUUUCCCUAAGAGUUUUAAAAGCAUGAUUAUAUUGUUCGCCAGCUUUGACUGCCAG